AAGCACUUCUCUGAAGAGGAUGCAAAUCAGUUUCCCUCCUCUCUCCAGUUCAUAUUGCUUCUCUGAAAAGUCAAUGAAGUUCUUUCCCUCUUAUCAGAGCUAAAUUCGGUCGAUAUAUGUUUUGUUUGUUUGCUUUUUCCAUGUUGCCAUUUUUUAUGGAGGGUCACUUUCUUGGCAUGUUCGAUAAACAAACAGGUACUCGGUGCAAUAUCAUUCCUGGUUGUUUGGAUUGGAAUAAGCGUAACCUUCAGAGCGAUCUGCCCCUCAUCAGACUGCCCGUCCUUUAAGAUGUCCCAGUCCACUGUUGUUGAGGAAGGCGGCACCUUGGAGCAUCUGUGGAGCUCUCUAGAGCCAGACAGCACCUAUUAUGAGCUGCCCCCAAGCAGCCAGCGAGGUGAGCACCCGGUCCCAUCUACGAGCACGCCAGGGAAUCACCGAAACUGUGCGGAGGUCUCCAUGGACGUCUAUCACAUCAGAGACAUGAACGACAAUGUCAUGUCCCAGUACAACUUGCUGAGCAGCAGCAUGGAGAGCCUGGGGAGCCGCGCCACGUCCGCCAGCCCCUACAGCUCCGAGAACACGUCUUCGUCGGCCGUGCCCACCCCUUCGCCUUACUCCCAGCCCAACUCCACCUUCGAGGGCCUGUCCCCUACCCCGGCAAUCCCCUCCAACACCGACUACCCAGGGCCGCACGCCUUCCAGGUGUCCUUCCAGCAGUCCAGCACCGCCAAGUCCGCCACAUGGACCUACUCUCCUUUACUGAAGAAACUCUACUGUCAGAUUGCCAAAACCUGCCCAAUCCAGAUCAAGGUGUCGUCCUCUCCUCCUCAUGGUAGCAUCAUCCGAGCUAUGCCCGUCUACAAAAAGGCAGAGCACGUCACAGAGGUCGUCAAAAGGUGCCCCAAUCACGAACUUGGACGGGAAUUCAAUGAUGGUCAAACAGCUCCAGCCAGUCACCUGAUCAGAGUAGAGGGAAACAACCUUUGUCAGUAUGUGGACGAUCAAGUCACUGGCAGGCAAAGUGUCUUUGUGCCCUAUGAGGCUCCGCAGGUUGGGACUGAGUUCACUACCAUCCUUUAUAAUUUCAUGUGCAACAGCAGCUGUGUGGGUGGGAUGAACAGGAGACCAAUUCUCAUCAUCAUUACUUUGGAAACCAGAGAUGGCCAGGUGUUGGGCAGACGAUCAUUUGAGGGUCGGAUAUGCGCAUGUCCUGGCAGAGACCGUAAAGCAGAUGAGGACCACUUCAGGGAGCAACAGGCCCUGAAUGACAGCGUGGCCAAAAACGGAAGUGCCAACAAGCGCAAUUUUAAACAGAGUCCGCCAAAUAUUUCCAGUCCACAUAUCAACAUAAGAAAAAGACGGCAUGGAGAGGAAGAGAUUUACUAUAUUCCUGUUCGUGGGCGGGAGAAUUUUGAGCUGCUGAUGAAGAUUAAAGAUAGUUUGGAGCUGGUGGAGUUGGUACCGCAGCCUCUGGUGGACUCCUAUAGACAACAAACACAACAACAGCUGCUGCAGAGACCGAACCAUAUAGCAUCCCCCUCCUCUUAUUCUCCGUUGUCCAACAUGAACAAGAUGCAUUCACACAGCGGCCUCGGGAAGACGCAGUCCCUCAACCAGAUGGUGGGGCACCAACCUCAGCAGCAUCCCAAUGCCAACCCCACCAUUACUCACAUGGGUCCGAGCAUGCUCAACAGCAACCACAUGCAGGGUAACGGUGACAUGAACAGUGGCCACAGCAGUCAGAAUAUAGUGUCUGCUUCCCACUGCAGCCCGCCACCUUAUAACCCUGACCCCAGCCUUGUCAGUUUUCUCACCAGUCUGGGUUGUCAGAACUUCAUUGAGUACUUCACCUCACAAGGCCUCCAGUCUGUCUACCAUCUCCAAACCCUUACAAUGGAGGAUCUAGGUGCGCUGAAGAUACCCGAGCAGUCUCGCCUUGCAAUCUGGCGAGGUCUGCAGGACAUGAAGCAAGGAGCUGUUCAUCAGCUUCCCAACUCCACCCAUCACCACGAAUACCACGGCCAGCAGCUACUUCGCUCCAGCAGCAACAUGGCAGCCUCGGCGAUGGCAGCCAUCGGGGCCGCAGGCGGGGAGCUGCAACGUCAGCGAGUCAUGGAGGCUGUGCACUUUCGUGUCCGCCACACCAUCACAAUCCCCAACAGGCCUGGCGUUGUGGGGCCAUCGGGGAUGACCCCAGCUCCUGAUGAAUGGGCUGACUUUGGUUUUGACAUGCCUGACUGCAAAGAGUCCCGAAGCAAGCAUUCCAUCAAGGAGGAAUUCAUGGAGAGCGAUGUUCACUGAGACUGCACUUUUCUUUUUUUCUUUUUUUUUAUGUCAACAUAAUUAAUUGCUUGUUUGUGCUCCAUCAGGAUGUCUGGUGGUUUCGAAAGUUCUGAUCUUUCCCAAAGAAUUAACGUCCAUUUAAAUUGUUGGAUUAUUCUCAAUAGCUUUAAAAAUGAUUUUCCUCCCAGGAUAAUUCCACACAUGCGAAGUAAAUUACAGAUAUAACCAUGACUUUUUAAACAGUAUACCUACAACUGUUUUUUUUUUGUUUGUUUUUUUUUUUCCCCGGUCAUAAUGUUCACAUGUAGAAAGCCAGCCACCAGUUUGCAAGUUUUACGGAGUAUUUUUAUUUGUUUGCAUGUAAUUUCUUCUCAGCUAAAUUAUUUAUUUUAUUUUCAGUUUUUUUCCUAACUUGUACAAAUGUAUAUAGAGUAUGUUGUAAAUGUUUUGGAAUAGAUGUGGGUAAGAGUAUUUAGAUUCUAAAUGAUGCCGUAUGAACCAAAUGUUUAGGACUGAAUAGUAAGUCAAUGCUAUGGCUACAAUACCACAGUUAUGUAUUUUUUUUAUUAACUAUGACAACAUGAAUAACUUUUAAUUGAAUAUGUUAUUCAUUAUGUUGGCUUCAGCUU